AAAAAAUGUGUCUGUAAAUUACUAAUUUUAUUUGUCUGUAUUUCUCUAAUAGUUUUACCACAAACAUUGAGAGUAGAUAGAGGGACAGAAACAGAUGUUAUGACCACAAUUCAUUGCUUUCUCAGAGAAAAAAAUGGUGAUUUGGAUGAUCCCACAGAUUCUGUUCUUUAUGGGCCUUCGACCCAGAACAAGAUCGAAAGGUGGUGGAGAGAGCUUUUAGAAAGAAUGGAGAAGUUUUUUAAAGACCAACUUAAGGCAUUAGUUGAAAGUGGAGAAUAUGAUUCCAGCAGCCAAAGUGACCGAGCCCUUCUAGCCUAUGUAUAUAUCCCUGUUGUCCAGAAGGAACUAGAUGUUUUUAGGGAGUGUGUUUGGAACAACCACAGGACCCGUAAACAGAAAAAGAAAGAACUGCCUGCAGGAGUCCCAGAACACAUUUUCCAUUUUCCUGAACAAUAUGGAGGAGAACAAUGUGGAAUUCCCAUAACAGAAGAACAACUUCUUGAGGUUGCUGAGCUUUCAGAUGUUUUCGAUUAUGAUGAUGAUUAUUUGAAUGCAGCUGUACGUAAAGAAUGUCAGCAGCAUUUACCUAAUGUUGAGGAGAUUGAGCCCAAAGAUGCUAAGGAUGCUUACCUGUACCUAAAAUCAAAUGUGGAUGAAGAUGUUUUUGAAAUUCAUACAUGGAACCUACAAUCAUUUUGUGCUGGUUUUAGAGUAAAGUAG